CGCAUAUGUCGUCUUUGUGAGAGCAGCCAUGUCCGGUCGGGGUAAAGGAGGAAAAGGCUUAGGGAAAGGAGGUGCCAAGCGCCACCGCAAGGUGUUGCGGGACAAUAUUCAGGGUAUCACCAAGCCAGCCAUUCGGCGUCUUGCUCGGCGCGGUGGCGUCAAGCGCAUAUCUGGACUCAUCUAUGAGGAAACCCGUGGGGUGCUCAAAGUUUUCCUAGAGAAUGUGAUCCGCGACGCCGUCACCUACACAGAACACGCCAAGCGCAAGACGGUUACUGCUAUGGACGUGGUCUACGCGCUUAAGCGCCAAGGGCGCACGCUCUACGGCUUCGGGGGCUGAAAGCAGAAUCGACCUCACCAGCACUUUCUUAAAAGGCCCUUUUCAGGGCCGCCCACGAAAUCACAUAAAGGGCUGACCUGCGUUGCAGAAGUAAAUGAGCUCUUUGUGGCUGCUGAAGGAAAACAAGCAAAUAGGUCGUUAGCAAUACUUGACGUUUGUGAUUUUCAAGUGACUACGCCACGAUAAGAUGAGAAGGUUUUUAAUUAAGUACUUACUAACCACACUUAAAAAAAAAAAAAAACACUUCUAAGUAAGUAGAAAACGCGCGUUUAUCGUGCCAUUGGAAGCAUCUGAGAAAAGUCCUUGGACAUCACCGGAGGAACCCAAGGCAGAAAACACUGCACUGCGCUAUGUAAAUGAAGGCUUUUUGGGGACAAGCUCUCGUUGGAGGACGCGCGAUAUCCGGAAAACGACACUGAUACUGUAGAAGAAAGGAUUCCAAGGCUAUUUUUCUACUGUUUAAAACAGCCAAGAAACAGGACGCAAAACCUUUGGUGGUUGUAACAGUUUUUAACCUGAUAAUAUGCCAGGAGUGAGAAGCAAGGGCUUAUCGGGUUUAGACGGAUUCGCGUCCUGCUGGGGCGACUCGCUGGUGGCGAGUCAGUCCACUGCUGAGAACAUCAGUCAGGCGUUGGGCAAGUGAAGCGUAUUUUUGCAUAUCCACGAUUCCAACCUCACAAGGAAACAAUGACCACCAUAUCCAAGUAAUGCAUGGGCUGUGGAUGAGCAAAAUUAAAGUCAUAAUUUUCCCUUCCAUUUUAGGACACGGUUUAAUUUUUUUUUUUUUUUCCAAGCAGCCCAUUUAUACCAACGAGCCCUUCAUAAAGGCCAGGCCCUGGCGAACCACAUAUAAAAAUGCCCUGCUUAGCGUUGCACUGGGCUCUUUCAAAGGCACCCCGAAUACUAAGGCCCAAAAUAAUAUUAGCAACAUUAGUGUAAAGAGCUCUGGUGGCGGAACUGUGCCUGAAAGUUGGCGGUUCAAACCCACUCAGCUGCUCAGUGGCGAUUUGCUCCGGUAUGGAUUAAACCAAAAAAAAAAAAAAAAAAA